AUGAUGGCCACUAACACUUCGCCCACGCAGCCGACGUGCCAAAAUUGCACCACGUCGACGACUCCCUUGUGGCGUCGCGAUGAAUUUGGCUCCGUGCUCUGCAAUGCCUGCGGUCUCUUCCUCAAGCUGCACGGCCGGCCCCGGCCCAUCUCCUUGAAGACUGACGUUAUAAAGAGUCGCAAUCGCGUAAAAACGAUUCGACCCGAUCUUGCGGCCAAGAAGAAGGCCCACCAACAGCAGGCACAGAACUUUGGUCUCGGCGCCGACGUGAAUGGUGCCGACCUUUCUGCACAGAAUGCUGCCGCCGCCGCCGCCCAAGCUAUUCGUCGAACGUCGCAAAAGUCCAACGGCAACGAGGGGUCUGAUUGCCCAAUCUCUCGCACCGGCACGCCUUCCAUGUACAACCAGGGGCUGCCGUCCUUCAUGGUCGAUGACCCAUACCAGGGAACUGGUUUCAACGGCACCUCCGAGAAUGGCGACCGCGACGCGCCGCAAACUCACGAACAGCUGAUUGCUCACAACUCUAGUCUCAAAACCAGAGUCAGCGAGCUCGAAGUCAUCAAUGAGCUCUUCAGGGGCCGGUUAAGCCAACUCGAGCAACAAGAAGCAGCCGCCCGACACGGCCAAGAAGUUGCCGGUGUCGAACAGACGCAGCUCAGAACGCAGCUGGAUGCGAGCCAGGAGAGUGUUGCCCUGCUGCAGGCCCAGCUCGAGGAUAGUCACCGCCGGGAGAAUAAUUUGAAACGACGGCUGGACGAGUUGGAGCUGGAGCUGAAAGCAGUCAAGGAUGCCCUCGGAGGUGACGUGGAGCGUCCAAGCAAGAAGCCUCGCGCUGUGUAUGAUGCGCCUGCAGCAGCUCCUACGCCAACGCCCGAGACGCCGAAGCCCGAGGAAGAACAGCCAGAACCACAAGCCAACCCCCAAGCAGAGGAGCCUGAGGACACCGUUAUUGUGGAAGAGGCAAUGACGGAAGCGCCGGCUGUCCAAGAACCGGUUGCCGAAGAAACUAUCGACGGGGCCACUGAAGAGGCCAAUGAGACGGCCGAGGAGGCUGCAAUCGAAGACGGGUCUCCUGCAGCCUCGGCGUCCUGA